AACCUAAUUACAUGCGUUACACAUCAAGGAAAUAACAGUCACAGCAAAACUAGCACAACAAAUAUGACUUACAGACACGAGUGGUGUUUAUUAAGAGGGGAAGGGUUAUUCCAAUUUUAUUGAUUGAGCACUAUGGCAGCAAGCUUUUUUGCUUACAAAGGCAGUUAUACAAGACAAGGAAAUAUCAAGAUAAAUAAUAACAGAGUAGAAAAGAAAACCUAUUACACAAAGAAGUAUAUAAAGCAAGUCAGCACAUCUGUAUUUCCUACUACAUGUUAUGCACAUUUUUUUUAGUCAUUGUUAUCUAGAGUGUUAAAAAUCAAUGGGUUAGCAAAACCAAGCAGAAGGACUUGUCUGUUUUAACCAAUUAGCAAAUCUUUAGGAAGGCAUCCUGUAUCCUUACUAUUCCUGAUCAUGUGUUGCCAUGUGAGUUUUUACUCUUGCAGUUCAUGAUGCCUGUGUGCAGAGCAAACUAUCACUGCAACUCUUUCAUUCAUUCCAUAUCCCAUACUCUUAAUUAAUUCCACUGGAUGUGAUGUGUUAGCCUGAGGUGACCUAAUAUAGUGUACCAACUGUGGUUAACAUCAAUAUGGACUCCAGGGAAGAGACUGAUUCUCAAGUGCAAGUACACAACAUGGUAGAAGCUUGUGAAGGACAGCUGUUCACAGACAAUACAACUAUACCUCUAGAGCCAAACUCAGUCAGUGAUGGUGUUAUGGGUACUUUGUCUGUCAUCGUCACAGAGUCACAAGUUCCUGUUGGUAUGCCAGUCACUUCAAGAGCCAUUUCGUUUGGCCAGCAGAUGUAUAUUAUUCAAUCAGAUACAAAGCAAGGUGCUGGCAAUGCCCUUGCACAUGGUUUUGUCUUGUCUGGCAACACUCUAUCUGCUACUUCCGGAGCAACUGGAGAAGCAAUGAUCAUGUCUGGAUCUCCCGGCGAAAACAUCAUUACAAGGCACACAAUGCCAGAGUUAGAGUUCACUGGGGAGACAACUGCUAUAGACGAUGGUGAAGAUUUGACUGUCACUUAUCAGAGACUUCAAUCAGGAGCAGUGUCAGAGAGUGGUAUUGUGACAACAGCUGACAGCAUGGAGUCAGGUGAGCAAGGGGAGACAAUCACCCUCAGUUUGGAAGAGGCAACACAGAUCAUUCUUCAACAGCAAGGUCUUGAAGGGGCUGUGCAGUUAGCUGAUGGCACAUAUCAGAUUGUUGGUCAGCAGUUCAUACGGGUCUCUCGAGAUGACGAUUCUGUAGACACUCAGACUUUGCCAGUAGAAGUUGUGCAAGGUCUGGUGAACUUUUCACAAGUGGAUGGCACGGCAGCAUCUCUGCAGGAGGAUAUUAGCUCUCAUAUACAUGUAGUUUCAGAUCAGAAUGUCGAAGAUGAAACAGAAGGAAAUGAGUCAAUACACGACACCACAGAAGGAACAGUACUAGUGGAACACUUGCAGAGCCCCCGUGUACAAGUGAAGACGGAGCUGCAUGGUGCUGCUAUUGAUAGUACAGCUACAGCUGUGAAUCAUGAAGCCUUAGUGCUAGGAUCAGAUUCCACCAUUCCCAGGCAAGACCCACCAGAUCCAAAACCAGACCUGAACUGUCCCAUUGAAGUGACUGAGCGGACUCAAGUCAUGAUUAAUGGCAAAAAGUGCCUUCUGAUGCAGAACCCAGAGACUAAACAGCUAUGUGCAUAUCCUAUUCUUCCUCCAGAGGGAAAAAAACGAAGAGGCCGUCCAAGGAAGAUAAGAAGUGAAAGCAGUGAAUGUGACUUCAGAAUCAUUCCACAUUCUGAUACACCUGUACCUAUUGUUCCUUCUUCCACUAUUAUAGUUACGCCAACUACUCCCACCAUCCCCACCCUCACACCUACCACAAACGCCUCUACAGUUGUGAUUGACAGCAAUGGGAAAACUGACACUGAUGAAGCUCACUCCCCAAGUACUUAUGUUGUUGGUGAUCAGAACAGUGCAGCUGAAGGCUUGCUUGAAUUAUCAAAUGCAGGGCCUGACAGCUUGCGAAGAAGCGGAAGAAAGCGGAAAAAAGCAAAAGUGUUUGAUGAUUAUGAUGUACUGGAAGCAUCUAGUGAAGAAGAAAGUGUUAUUGAUGAUGAAAAAGACCCUGAUGUUACCAUUUAUGGAAAUAUACGGCGGCAGAAAGUCAAGAAGGAGACAACCCCAUUUAAUCCUUUUAUGAUGCCUGUGAAGCGAGGACGAGGUCGACCUAGGCGAUACCCAGCAGCAGGUCAAAGCAGCACUCCAGCAUCCAUUCCAGCAGUUAUUCUGCCAGGUGCAAAUGGGCAGACACUUGUCAUGGCACCUCUGCAGAGCCUCCCAGGAUUUCAGACUCAUGUGAAAAGCACUAUGCAGCAACUUGUGCCAAAGUCUGUCUCUGUGAAUGAUCCAUCGUCUGUCUCAGCAGUGCCUACAACACUCACUCUGGGCCCUGACGGAGAGCGUCUAUCUUUGGAUUCCUCUGGAGCUCUUGACAACACCAGCAGUAUCUUAGCUGCCGGUAUGAAAACAGAGUUACUUCCACUUGGAGGAGAAUCGUCCGACACACAAGAAGGUCUUGAUUCUGCAGGUGAAAAAGAGCGCAAUGAAGGCGAAACUUCCAGUGCUACCGGGGACAGUCAGCAACCGACUGUGAUACAAAUACCUGAUAACCUUCUGCCAAUGUUUGGCAUCAAGAAAGAUCCAGUCAAGAUUGGUUUGAAGUCUUCUGAGAGUGAACUAGAGAAACUGAAAUGUCCCAAGUGUGACUUCCAGGGCUACUACGUCCAGCAGUACCAGGCCCACAUUGCCGCCCACAGCGAGGACACUUACAAGUGCAAGUGUUGUCAAUAUGUCACUUUCGACAAGGACGACCUUUUCCAGCAUUUCAAGGCGAACCACCCGCGCUGUAUCUGUGACGUGUGCGAGUUCAUGGCGGAGCAUGCCUACAUGAUCAAGCGUCACAUGAUGCGUCACAACGCCCAAGGCUGCACGUGCGAGGUGUGCGGGAAGGUGUACAAGGACCAGUACAUUCUCAAGAUGCACGUCAAGAUGGUGCACAUGCCGGCGGAGGUGCUGUUCGAGUGCAACGUGUGCGGCAAGAAGUUCACGCGCAAGGCCCACCUAAAGCGCCACCUGCGUAUCCAUGAUCCCGAGAAACCUUUCAAGUGCCCGCACUGUGAUUACAGGGGAUGCGAGAGGUCAGACAUAUCAAAGCACCUGCUUAUUCACGAGGACCCCAAACACGUGUGUGAGGUGUGUGGCAAGGCCUUCCGACACAUCAAGAACAAAGAGCUGCACGUCAAGAGGCACAAUGGACAGAGGGACUACAAGUGCGGCGUGUGUGACUUCUACGGCUACACCUUCACAGACAUACGGAAACACAUCGAGCGCAAGCACGCGGACAUCAAGACGCUGGUGUGUGACAAGUGCGCCAUGCCCUUCAAGACCGACAUACAGCUCAGGGAACACCAGAAGGAGAACUGUGAGGUGCUGAUGAUCGAGCAGGCCCUUGCCAUCGCCACGUCCACCGGUGGCACGAGCCAGGCUACCAUCCAGAUCCCGUCCUCCUUGGCACUGGACGGCCAGAUCACCAUCCACGGCCAGCAGAUUGCACUGGACGGCCAGCAGGUCAACAUCACGGUCCAACAGGUGGCAGAGGACGACACGCUCUCCGAGGAUCAUAUCGUCGAAGGCAGCAUAUCGGAUGUGACGUCAUCGGCGCACGUGAUUGACACUUCCGACGGCUCGGCAAUGGCCGACGGUACGAUCCAGAUAAUUCCAAACGACGACAUCGAGGAGGUGGUAGACCUGCCGUCGGACACCAUGGGGCCGUUGUGAUGACGACGCGCCGUCAGGUGCCAGGUGUUGGACGCCAUAACGGCAGUGUGCUUUGUUUACAGGCAGCAUGGACAUCACAGUAAACAUGGCGAGAAGCUGACCUCAUCCACUUCACCAACGUUUCUAGUCCCAACAUUCUCCCUCCCUGCAUACUUCUCACGAUGCGCGUUAGAAAGGAAAAAAAAAACCAGACAAGUGCGCACGGACGUUGCUAUCCUCAGCUGUGUCGGUCUGUGGGAAGCUGCUUACAAUGUGUUGAUAGGAUCACGUGAUGCUAGUGCCCGGCCACACGUGUCUCCCGGAUGUGGGUGUAGGGAGCGAUUCUACUCACCAGGCCAUAGUUCUAGUCAGUUUGGUGUCCGAACCGCAGAGAUGACGACACGGCGCCGCGCUGCUGACCUACAGAUGUACAGAAUAAGUUAUUAUAACAAACCACGCUCGUGGGAGCCAUAGCAGGACAACAUUCCCAGUGCGGACAGGAAGGUGCUGCUGCUGUUGUGUUUCUGUCAGCGUGAAGCGCAGAGGUGUGGGGGCAGUAAUCUGGGAGGUUUGGGGGACAACGUCAUGGCUUACCUGGACGUGUUGCUGACUUCAGUGAUUGGAAAACCUGCCUGAGAGAGUGUGAUGGUGGCAGUGUGUGUGUGAGUGAAAUGUCGCACUGAGUGAGUGAAUGUCUCAGUGUAUGUGAGUGAGAGGGUGAAUGUGCCAGUGUGCGAGUGAGAGAGAGAGAAUGUCCCAGUGUGAGAGAGAGAAUGUCGCAGAUAUCUAGCUCAUGACAAUUGAAAUUAAAAAGCCAGAGAACGUUGCUGUAUGACAAGCGAUGCAUCUAACUGGCAAUACACAUCGAAACAGACUACAGCUGUAAUAGCUGUCAUAGUCGUUAGGCUACAAACACACAAACCAUUCUUCUAGGUAGAGUGAAAGAACUAACUGUUAAAGGCUGGGCUGGAAACUGUUUUCAGCCUGACAUGGAUAUACAGUCAAGAAAAGAGUCGCGUCGUGUAUACGGCACGUCAGGACAAAGAAUGUACAAUGGUGGAGAGUGUACUACAGUCAACUUUCUGGUGUCCAACAGUAAAGUUCAGCUUUCUGUGUCUAUGUGAAAGGGCCAGUCACUGGUGUCACGUCAGUAUUCCAGUACUCAAAUGGUCACAAAGUCUUCUGCAGCUUAAGAGAGACUAACACGUGAAUAUACUUCACACACGUGUUAGCAAGUGUGUCCUUGGUUUUCUCCUCGAUACAAGUGCAUCAGUGAUCUGUUGAGCAUCAUCUACUUGGCUACUGCCAGCGAGUGACACUGCGGUCUGUUGUUGCUGUCGGUGCUGUCUGUGGACUGUCAACUGCUCUCUGUGCUACUCAUCACACUGAGUCACGGUUACCCAAGGUCUUUCCAUUCAUCUCCUUCCGACCACUGUCAGGACAGAGAACAGGGUGAGCCCUGAAAACAUGACAGUUGUACACGUGUGUGUUGGGGGGAGGCGAUUGAUAUAGUUAUUGUCUACCUAUAAAUACUGUUAACUACAGCUGGCUAACUAUACAAUUGUACACAGUCUCACAUUCCGCUGUCACAAACAACUCCUACUACUACUAAUGGGCGGGACAUGACUUGUUUUCUCCACGUCGUUCUCCCCUGCACUGCGCAGACCGCAGUCGAGCAUUUUCUCUGCUCAGAUUCUGCCAGAACAAAACAAAAAAAAAAUCAUACACACGCAAAUCAAGACAAAACCCAAAACACCCUUUAAAAAAAUGUAAUGCAAGUCGUAACAUUAACAUCAACACUGAUGUACCCGUAAGAAGUUAAAGCAUCCUCUAACACACACACACGUAUGUGCGCACACAGCUCUAUAAGAAGCCAAAAAAGUAAACCAAACUAACCAAGUGCACGAAAAAAUGCACAAUAUCCGACAGAAAUUGAACCCCAACGUUGGCAUUGUUUAGCUCGCUGUGGCCAGUGCAUCAGACAGCUUUAGUCCAGUUUCCACUUUAUCUCUACUGCCCCUUGAUUUCUGACCAUAAACAGUCUGUGCACGCGGGGCAGAACUUAUUAGAGAGAAUGUAGCCGCCAGCAGGACAAGUCAGAGGUCACAACAGCUCACGUGACCAUCGCCAGGUCAGUCCAGUCACGGCACGGUCAUUGCACGUGCUGACACAAGCGUCGUGGCUGUGGUGAUGUACUCAACCUUGUGUUUCGGGUGCACAGUGCUGACCUUUCCGACAGUCACCGCUGCUUCAUUCAACUAUUCUAUUGCCUCCCCCACCUCAUCUGUAUCUCCCUCCCUUCUCGGCUUAACUACCAUCCCCUCCCGCCAUACAACUGUCAACGAUUGUCUAAAUAACCGUUUGUUUGAAUUGUAAACCAUUAAAGGACAUGUACAGAGACCUUGUAUUUUUUAAAAACCCUCUGCCAUA